CCUCUCCUCUUCUCUUCUCUUCUCUUCCUCUUCUGUGUGUCUCUCUGACCGAAUUUGCGGCUUUGCUCCUUUACAGCUGUGACUAGGGCUUGGAAAUUGAAGGAAUUGGAAGAAGCAAAAGAAGAGAAAAAAAAAAAAAAAUGCCAUCUUUGCAAACAGCUUUGCCUCCUGAGCUAGCUGACAACGUGAUUAGACUUUACCGUGAGUGCCUUCGAAGAGCUAAAUAUAUUGGUCAUAAGGUACUCAACAUUUUCUCUCUCUUGAUAUUUCUUGAAGUUUUGGCUUUGCCUCCUGAGCUAGCUGACAAUGUGAUUAGACUUUACCGUGAGUGCCUUCGAAGAGCUAAAUACAUUGGUCAUAAGCAACAUAAUACAGAGCUGGUUGUUGGAAUGGUGAGGCAGCAGUUUAAAAAACAUAUGCACGAGACAGAUCCAGAGAGGAUUCAGAAAUUAAAGGAUGAUGCGGCAAGAGGACUCAUAAACCACAUGCUAUAUGAGUCUGAGAAGGCAUCUGGACGGAAAUUUAGCAAGAGUUCUUGAUGUUGUUUAGGGUAUCUCUUUUCUUUAUAAUGUCAGGUGGCAUAUGAGAUUAAAGUUUUGGAUGCGAAACUGAGUAAUAAGAUGGUUUCAUUUCAUUUUGCUGCCUGUCUAUGGUUUCUCUUCUGAGUAUGAUGGAUCAUAAUGAUGAAACUUGAACAUGCAUUAAGCUAUUGACAUUACUUGUUAGAGCAAUACAGAAAUUUCCCGUUC